CAAAAUCUCGUCCUUCCUAAGUCUCUUUCUCAUAAAUACUACUUCCACCCAAGUCUCCCAACUACUCUUUCUUUCUCUUCCUCUCUCUCCUUCUUCUUCCUCUUCUUCUUCUUCUUCUUCUUCUCUCACUGCAACAACUUCAGCAACUUCAACUGUACACGAAAACCCAAAACUUCCCACAUCUCUCUCCUCUUCCUCAUUCUCUGGACCAAAAUAAUUAAAAUCAAAAUUCCAGUUUUGACCCUUUCUGAUGAUGAAGAAGAAGGGUCUUUUUUCUCUGCUAACGGUCGUCUUCUUUCAGCUUCUGAAACUUGCUUUCUCUCUAACCCCAGAUGGUCUCUCUCUCCUCUCACUCAAAUCCGCCGUCGAUCAACAAUCGGCCGGCGAAGCUUUCUCCGACUGGAGCGAGGACGACCCAACACCCUGCCACUGGUCCGGCAUUUCCUGCAUGAACAUUUCUGGUUCUCCCGACCCUCGUGUAGUCGGAAUUGCCAUCUCCGGGAAGGGUCUCCGGGGUUAUAUUCCUUCGGAGCUCGGUACACUGGUCUAUCUCCGGCGACUCAACCUUCAUAGCAACAAUUUUUACGGUUCUGUACCUGUACAGCUCUUUAACGCAACUUCUCUCCAUAGUAUAUUCCUCUACGGUAACAACCUUUCUGGUCCCGUUCCUCCUUCGAUCUGUACUCUCCCAAGGAUUCAAAACAUUGAUCUCUCUAACAACUCGAUCACCGGAGAGAUUCCGGAAGAGUUGAAGAAAUGCACGCAGUUGCAGAGACUGAUACUCGCCCGAAACAAAAUCUCCGGCAAAAUUCCGUCGGGGAUUUGGUCAGGAAUGGAAGAUUUAAUCCAACUCGACCUUUCUUCGAACGAGUUAACGGGUCCGAUCCCGGAAGAUAUAGGCGGGCUCAAGUCUCUUUCGGGAACUCUCAACCUCUCUUUCAACCAUUUAUCUGGAAGGCUCCCGAAAUCGCUAGGCGAAUUGCCGGUGACGGUGAGUUUCGAUCUCCGGAGCAACAAUUUCAGUGGUGAAAUACCCCAAACGGGGUCGUUUUCGAACCAAGGUCCAACUGCGUUUCUCAACAACCCUAAACUAUGCGGGUUUCCACUCCAAAAGGCUUGCCGAGACACAGCCCAGAGCUCCCCCGGAAGUUCAAAUACCGGCCGGGAAUCCAAUUCCGGUCCCAAAAAGGGUCUCAGUCCCGGUUUGAUCAUCCUAAUCUCCUUGGCCGACGCUGCAGGAGUGGCAUUCAUUGGUCUGAUAAUCGUUUACAUAUACUGGAAAAAGAAGGACAAUUCAAACGGUUGUAGUUGCACCGGGAAGAGAAAAUUCGGUGAUAAUGAGAAAAGCCAUCUCUGUUCUUGUAUUUGCGCUAAUGGGUUUGGCAAUGAGGAGUCAGAAAUUGAAGAUCCUGAGAAAUCUGAGAGUGGAAGAGGUGGUGGUGGUGGUGACCUUGUGGCCAUUGACAAAGGGUUUACUUUCGAGCUUGAUGAGCUUCUGAGAGCUUCGGCUUAUGUGUUGGGGAAGAGUGGUUUGGGGAUUGUGUAUAAGGUGGUGCUCGGGAAUGGGAUUCCAGUGGCGGUGAGGAGAUUGGGUGAGGGUGGUGACCAGAGAUAUAAGGAGUUUGCGGCUGAGGUUCAAGCCAUUGGGAAAGUCAAACACCCAAAUAUUGUUAAAUUAAGAGCUUACUAUUGGGCCCUUGAUGAGAAACUUCUGAUCAGUGAUUUCAUCUCUAAUGGCAACUUGGGUACUGCUCUUCGUGGAAGAAGUGGUCAACCAUUAACGAGUCUCUCGUGGUCCACAAGGCUCAGAAUCGCAAAGGGAACAGCCCGAGGCUUGGCCUACCUUCACGAGUGCAGUCCAAGAAAAUUCGUCCAUGGCAACAUCAAACCCUCCAACAUCCUCCUCGACAACGACUUCCAGCCCCAUAUCUCCGAUUUCGGGCUCAACAGACUCAUCAGCAUCACCGGAAACAACCCCUCCUCCGGCGGCUUCAUCGGCGGAGCUCUCCCUUACUUGCAGUCCGUACAAACCGAGAAGAGCAACAACUACAAAGCCCCGGAGGCUCGAGUCCCCGGCAGCAGACCGACCCAGAAGUGGGAUGUCUAUUCCUACGGAGUAGUGUUGCUCGAACUUCUCACCGGCAAGUCGCCGGAGCUUUCUCCGACCACGUCGACUUCCGUGGAGAUUCCGGACCUCGUGAGGUGGGUGAGAAAAGGGUUCGAAGAGGAGACCCCACUUUCGGAUAUGGUUGACCCGGUGCUACUCCAAGAGGUUCAUGCGAAGAAGGAAGUCAUUGCAGCGUUUCAUGUUGCUCUGGCUUGUACGGAGGCAGACCCUGAGAUUCGGCCAAGGAUGAAAACUGUCUCGGAAAAUAUUGAAAGGGUUGGAUCGUAAUUAGAUAUAUGAGCUUCGUAUAAGUUGGGAAGUUCCAAUUUUUUCUUAAUUUUUUUUUUCUAAAAACAAAAUCAGAGGGUAUUCAAUUGAUCAGCAAGCAAUAUUUUGUUCGUUUUGAAUCAAACAUGGCUUUGGUAGCUUUCAGAUUCGUUCUCCACCUUGGUUGAGAUUCACGAAGAUAAUUCUUUUGAAAAAUUAUAUAUGGAAAUUUCUUAGCUAGGGAAUCAAUUUUUCCCCUAAUGUAUUAACAUUUUUUAUUUU